AUGUUCGAACGACUGUGCGGAUGCUGCAGCCGAGGCGCCUCGUCCAGUGAGGAUGUUAUUCGGGGCGAAGAAGAGCGACGGUUGCGAGCCAACGAUCGUGUCUUUAACUCUCAAUUCAAAUAUGCGGGUAACUAUAUAAAAACGUCCAAGUACAAUGCCAUCACAUUCAUUCCGCAGAAUUUAUUCGAACAAUUUCAACGGAUAGCAAAUUUCUAUUUUUUAGUCCUUAUGAUAUUACAGUUUAUACCUCAAAUAUCUUCCAUAUCAUGGUAUUCCACAGCUAUUCCGCUAGUUAUCGUUUUGGCAUUCAGUGCUGUAAAGGACGGUUAUGACGAUAUGGCCGACCUGCUGCUGCUCUCGACAUCAGAGCCUCAUGGGAUUUGUUACAUUGAGACGAUGGAGUUGGAUGGCGAGACGAACUUGAAGACGAGAGGAGCCAUGGCUGACACGGCCGAAAUGGGAGACGAUCUCGACGCUAUCAGCAAGUUUGACGGAGAGAUCGUCUGCGAGGCGCCGAACAACAGACUGGACAAGUUCAACGGAAAGCUAUUGUAUCAGGGCAGGGAACUCCCAAUCACCAACGAUAACAUACUUUUGAGAGGAUGUAUCUUGAAGAACACACGGUGGGAUCAUUCACACUGGACAAGAAGCCGAAGAAAAAACUCUCCGAAUGUGAAAGUUUUGGAUGAAUUUUCUAAGCCGGGCUCUGUCACUAGGCAUCCGGAACCCUUGAAAGAUUUUGGGGAACUCAGAGGGGUGCUAUGGUCUGGUGAUUUUCGCUGGAAAGGACACGAAACUGAUGAUGAAUUCGGGAAAAUCAAAAUUCAAACGUACCAGUCUCGAUCGGUUCCUGAACAUUCUCAUCAUGGGGAUCGUGCUGUUCCUGAUAGCCAUGUGUUUGAUUUGUACGAUACUUUGCGGUGUUUGGGAAUGGACCCACUGGACGAUGGUUUACCAUCUAUUUGCCAUGGGACGAUAUCGUACCUAAUAGACAGCAGCAUGGGUGCGCCAUGCGCUUUACACCCGUUUGGAACCGCGUGUAUCCUGAAUCCAUAUUUGGCUGUGGAGAUCAUUCGCUUCAUCCAUUCGAUGUGGAUCAAUUACGAUCAAGAGAUGUACUACGAGAAUGGCGCAAAUAGCGUGCCGGCACGGGCGCAUACCACCACCCUGAACGAAGAACUUGGCCAGGUUGGAAGAACGUGCCCUACCUCCGCGCAGCAGUACAGCUUGAUAAGCAGUGGCAUUGCAGGUGCAGUACGUCUUCAGCGACAAGACCGGAACACUCACCAGAAACAUCAUGACAUUCAACAAGUGCACCAUCAACGGCAUCUGCUACGGAGACAUCGUCGAUGCUCGUGGAACCGUCGAAAAUUAACACCGAAGACGACGCCACUUGACUUUUCGUGGAAUCCACAUUACGAAACGGCGUUCAUGUUUUACGACAAAAAUCUACUGGAGGACACGCAAAAAGGUGUACCUGAAGUGACCGAGUUUUGGCGACUACUCGCGUUGUGUCACACGGUGAUGCCCGAACGAGACAAGGGUCAGCUGGUCUAUCAGGCUCAGUCGCCGGACGAAGCCGCGUUGACAUCAGCGGCUCGCAAUUUCGGAUUCGUAUUCCGAGGUCGAACUCCACAAUCGAUUACUAUCGAAGUGAUGGGCAAGGAAGAGGUGCUGGUUAACUAUGAGUUAUAUUUUGAUUGGAGCCUGUCGAUGAGAGGAACCCUCACUAAGCAGCUGUGGAUGGGUUUCUUCACGAUCAGAAAAACUUGA